AUGAAGUUCUCAGCGACGAUCGUGCUUCUGGUGGUAGCGGUUUCCGCCACUCUGGCGGAGAUUACGCGUCCUGAAGAUAUCGAUUGGACACAGGUGCGUCCCGUACAGGAGAGCCCGCUAUUCAAGGCGAACCGAGCAGCUAGCUUUGGCGAGCGUUUCUGGACCAAUAUCGAUUCAGUGCAGUCAGUUCCACCACUCGUUCCGGGAGGUCGAAUCAACAAUGGCGUCGUUGUCGGUCCCACUGACGUGCCGUACAUUGGUGGAGUGCUCGUAUCCGUUGAACAAGGCACGUACUUCUGCGGUGGUGUGUUAGUAUCAAGAACGCACAUCCUCACUUCGGCCACGUGCGUAGAAGGACAUUCGUCGAUCACGGUGUUGCUUGGAGCGAGCGACAUCACCCGAGCCCAGGAAUUUAUCCUCGUCGAGCACGUGCGGGUUCAUCCGGACUUUAGCUCCUUUUUCCAGGCGAAUGAUCUGGCCAUCCUGACGCUUUCCCGUGCUCCAAGGUUCAAUGAUCAGAUUCAAAUGGCACGGCUUCCCGGUCGGUCCCAGGUCGGAGAGGCAUUCACCAACGCUUGGACUACGAUUAGCGGUUGGGGUGAAACAGCGUCCAACACGGGUGAGGCACUACCGCUGCAGGAACUGCGCUCCGUUCGCUCGCAAGUGAUCACCAACUUCAGCUGCACGAUCAGCUUCCCACUCUAUCUACGAUCGUCAAACAUCUGCACCUCAUCCGAUGGUGGAGCGCCGUGUGUGGGUGACGAAGGUGGCCCUGUGACGAUCCUGGAAGAAGACGGCCAAUCGACAGUGAUCGCCAUCCACUCGUACACGUAUUCGCGUGGGUGCACGCGCAGUUGGCCGGCGGUUCACACGCGGGUCACCGAUUACCUGAACUGGAUCGAGAUUUACACCGGGGCCAACAUCCGGGCAUAG